CGGCCUUGCCAGACUGUACUCGUUUUCUUAGGGUCGCGCCCGCGUCGGGUUUUCUUUGAAAAAAAAAAAAAAUCGUUUUUUAUUUUUUGUAUUAGUUUUUUUUUUCAAAUCGGUUCUUAGAAGAAAAUCUUAUUAAAAAAAAAAAUCACCAAAAUAGACCACGCGCCGUAAAACGAAACCGCGCGGGUAUUGUGCCGUCGGAAAAACCCGAGAAAAUUCGGACUUGGGAAAAAAAUUUCAAAAAACACACACACACGGCAAACGAUGGACGCGACGUUUUUUUCUUUAAUUUUUUUGUUGUAAUUUUGUGAAUUUUAUUAUUUAACUUUUUUUUUUUAUGUGAAUUUUACUUCAAUUUUACACGUCUAGCGCGUGUGUUAUACUUGGUUUAUUUUUCCUGUAAACAAUUUUUCGCUAAACUAUACAAAUCCAUUAAUUUUUUUUUUCAAUUUUUUUAAUCCUUUUUUUUGGAAUUUUUUUGUUCAUACAUGGUUUAAAUUUUUUUUUUUGUUUGAGUCUGCUGGCGGACCGCGGGCGCGUCACCGUUGUGCAAAUUAAAAAAAACAACAAUAAUAAUAUGUUGCCGUUGUCGUUGUUGUUGUUGUUGUCCAUCGGUGGAACAGUGAUAACGCACGGGUUCGGUCGCGCCAAUCAUCGGCCACAAUAAUACCGUUUUCCGACCUCGUCGGCUCAGCGGCUGUGACCACACCGGAAACUGGCGAAAAAAGCAAAAAAUAAAAUAUCAAAUUUAUAUAAAAAAAAUACUCUAAAACAACAGUAAAGUAAGCGUUUUUUUCAUUUUUACAAUUACUAUAAUCCGCGCACGGUUUAAAAAAACAAACCUACCAGGAAAAAUACCUACACCCAAUCGAGGAUGACACCGCGAUAAGGCCGCCGACGUUUACCAGUUAAAAUUUGAAAAAAAUCGUUUGAAAAUUGAAAGGGGAAAAAAUGAAACAGAAUCAAAACAUGGAAUGAUGAUGUCCUUAUCGGCAAGUCGCUAUUGUUGUAUUUAUCAUAAGACCAUGCCUGCGAAAACCAUGUGAUAUGGCUGGUGGCGGACAAUACCAAUCGAGUGGCCUGCACAAUUGGCGGCUACCCAGGCCACCAUGGACAUGGGCCUUGCACGUACUACUGUUAACGUGUUCCCUGUCCUUCCAGUCUGUCAGCUCGACAGUGAGUUGCGGUCCUGGAAUAAGAUCAAUUGGAGGAACCAUUCCCAAAGGCGACAUCGUCCUGGAGUACAAGAGCCAGACGCCGUUGAACAUAACGUGCGUGCUGGACGUGGACCACCCGAUGAUCGUUGGUCUGUUGAAGAACCACGAAGAUGAGGUGGACUACAGGAACAAACUCAGCCGCAACCUGGUGUUCUACAGGAACGCCGACCGGGUUGCCAAGGAGUAUGUGUCCGCGGUGGACUCGACAUCGGCCCGCCUGUUCAUCCCUGAACCGCCCGCCGGUCUGGACACGUAUCGGUGCGCGUUGCUGCUGAACGAUUCCCGGCGGGAAGAUCCGGGAACGACGACCGGCAACGACGACACCGGCGGCUUCCAGGCGUACACGGGCGGGGCCAACGACUCGUCCGUGUUCUCCACCGUGUCCCCCACUAGCCUGGAGACGAGCGGACCCCCUUCGCACGUCCCGGAUUCCGAGGUCGGCGUGUGCCUCAACAAGGUGGCUGUCGGAUACAAACCGUUGCCAAUCAAAAACUUCACUUGCAUCUCUUUGGGCUGGAUCAACUUGUCGUGCCACUGGAACAAACCGGACAAUCCUGUGAAAACCACUUACAAACUCACCUUCAAACUGCCCGGACGGGCUGGCGGCAGAAACCCAAUGGUUUGCCCUACCGAUUCGGACGCCAACGAAAACACCUGCUUCUGGGACUUGACCACAGCACCGAUAUACAGGGCGCCUUAUGAAUACUACAGCUUUACCAUAUCCGGCGAAAACGUAUUGGGCACGUUCAACGACAGUUUCCGGUUCCACCAUUAUGCUCACGUGAUACCGUUAAGUCCUACCAACAUAACGGUCAUCGAGAAAACCCAAUCCAGCGCCAUGUUAAGGUGGUACGUCGGUUCGAUGGCCCAUUUUCCAAGAGACUUGAUCCACAAGAUUGAAUACAAGUCCCAAUGGGACUCCAGCUCGGAAUAUUGGCAUUCUGUAAACGUGAGCGACAUAUGCAACACGACUUUGGCCGACGGACAGCUGUCGAAUUGCCGCGACACCGGUUUCUACUAUUACAACGUGACCGAUUUGGAAUAUCCGUUUACGCUGUACGAUUUUCGCAUUUACACCCGUUCGUCGGUGGCCAGAGGCGAAGAUAAAUGGUCGGCUCCCGGAUGCAUUACCCUCAAGACCAAACCCACGAUACCGAAAAGACCUCCUCGCGUGGACGUGGGCAGUUUCGAAUGCGUUCCUUCGUCGUCCAACAAAAAUUCCCGGGACGUGUUGAUCUAUUGGCAACACCUCGACGACAAAGAGAAAUGUGGCGAUUCGUUUGAAUACCGCGCCUACUACGUUACCAUGACCGCCGAUAACCAGACAGUUUACCAUCAGAGCAACGAAACGUACAAGACCUACGCAAAGUUCUCCGGUCUCAGCAACAACGUGGCUUAUUCGUUUGUAGUGUCAUCGGCCAACAAAGAAGGAGUUUCGGCCGAGAACUCGACCAUUUACGUGUCCAGCGAAACAGAAAAGAUCGACGAGCCGCUGUCGUUCACUAAAAUGGCUUUUAACGUUACUCCGCAAGUGUUUGAGCUGUCUUGGAAACACAACACCGGCCAAAAGUCCGAACGCCUGCUGACCGACUACACGAUAUUCUGGUGUGAGAACGACAAGGACCGACCGUACCAGUGCAACGGCUACAUGAACUGGGUGCACAUUCCUCGUUUGGAGUCCAGCUACAACGUGACGGUCAACAACAAUCAAAAUUACCAGUUUGCCAUUAGCGCCAACAGCCAGAGUCCGGCCCGCAGGAGUUUCGCCAGUCUUUACCACAACGGCCAGAGCAGCAGCAGCGGGAUGGUGUGGGCAUCGUGUACCGUCUUGCACAACAACAUCGUUGGGAAAAUGAAGAGCGUUUGGGUGAACAUGAUCGGAUCGACGUUCAUGGAACUCCGAUGGAAACUCGACUGUUCCGACAGGAUUGGAGCCGUCUUGGGAUUCCGCAUAUUCUACUGCCCUAUCGUGUCCAUCAAUAAUUCCGCUUGCAAAGAACCUCAGCUUAACAAGACCGUCAACGGCGAGACGGCACAAGGCGGUCGGGGCAACAUAACCAUGUUGAAACCUUACACCACUUACAUGGUGAUGAUAGCGUUGAUCACCAAACACGGCGAAGGUCUGCACAGCGAUCCGCUGCUCAACACCACGCUGGAAGGAGCGCCCGACGUGGAGGAUUUGCAAAUCAACGUGACCAACGUGACGAACAAGUCGAUAAACUUGCAGUGGUCCGCCCCGAAGAACAUGAACGGCGUGCUCAGAUACUACCAGGUGAACUAUUACUACGAGAACGUCGAAGCGUUUGCGCUGCCGGAUUCGAUGGAGCUGCCGUACGAAAUGCAACAAAUGUACCCGCAGCGUCCCGUUACGGUCACCGACAGAAAGUGUCGACUCGAAAACUUGGACAGUUACAGAUACUACAAGAUAUCCAUCAUGGCCUGCACCACCGUGUGUUCGGAACAUUCCAAACCCAUACAAGUGCAAACGGACAUCGGAGUGCCCGGCAAAGUGGACCAACCGACACCGCAGUUCAUAAACGACACCAGGGUGAACGUUAAAUGGCCGAAGCCGAUCAAACCGGCCGGUCCGGUGGACUUCUACCAGUUAUACGUCAUUCAUCAAAGCGGAUUGAACCUACAGAAGAACGGCGGCGUGUCCAAGUCUCUUGCUCAGACCCAAGAGAGCUCCAACGAUUUAUAUCACAAUUGCUACUCAAACGAAUGCGAAAUGACUAUACCGAACUGCAAAAACGACGAGAACAACGGCCAACAUACUUUCUCGUUUAUGGUGCGAGCCGUCAAUCGCAAUCCGCACGAUCCCCAUCAUCCGUUCUACGGCCAAUGGUCGUCACCUGGAUCCAUAGGCUGCGUUAUGAAGAGUCUUCCACUGGCGCUGCGUUUGGUCAUAUGGUCUUGUCUACUCAUAGUCUUGUCGACGGUAUGCGUUUACUGGGGCAACAGGAUCUGGAGCAAGUACAAAAUCAUGCACAACGUACAAGUAGUUUUGCCGCCGACGUUAAACACAAACUUCAAAUUUGAUCAUUACCACACCGACGACCCGAUCACCGAUCCGUUCUACGUGGAAGACGAUCACAUAAUAUACGACGAUACGUUGGCUUCGUCCACCGUAAUCUACAAUCCCACAUUGAACACGUCGUCCGUGUCGUGCCACAUCAACAGCACCGGAGGAAGUACCAACAGUUGUAACGGCGACCAAAACGCACAACGGUGGAGUCCGGCCACGGCCACUACGGUGGCGGUCAUGGACGACGACGACUCUUCGUCCAGCAAACAUCAGCUCAUUUUGCCGAGUACGCCGCCGGAACUGCGCGACAGUUGUUUCGACGACGACAGCCGCAGCAACGACAUUACGAUCAUAUCGGCUGCCGGACGGUUACCGUUGCACGUGGCGCCGGUCGUAGCUGCUCAAGACUUGGGCGACGACACGGUCAAGACGAUGGCUGCCAACGCCGACAUUCCGAUGUGUCAUCACGGCGAUAUUAAAGUAAUUAAUUGUGAUGUCGGUAAUGUACCAGCACGUUGUAAUAACUUUACGAUAAACAGUAUUGCUUUGCCUGAUGACAUUCAAACAGGACUGGCCGACGACAACGACGACCGACGACAGGACCACAACCAAGAACAAAACAACAACAACAACCAUGACGACCAGUUGAUAAACAACACGGCAACGUCGGACGACAAAUACAUUGGCGACGGCCAACAACAAACCGUAGUCUCCGGUGGCGCAAACUGUCAGGCCGUACCGACUCCCGCCACGACAGCGGCGGCCUACGUCAUGUUGGACAUGGUAACGGCCGCGGCCGCGACGGCAGCCGCAAAGUCCGGAGCGACAAGAUUUUAAAACGCUCCGGCUGUCGUCCUAUCGACAAUAUCAUAUUGAAUUGUUUUUUUUUUUUAAUUAAGUAUAAUAAUAUUAUGCUAAACUUAAGUCAUUAUAUAAUAUGUUGUGUACGUGUAUUACAACGAUACUCUUGUACGAUCAAAUUCACAUGUAUACCCCAAGGGUAGUAUUUCAUAUAAUAAUUGUAUUUAUAUUACAUUUUUAACGUUAAGAUUGUUUCGACGAGCCCACACAAAAUCUUUCUUGAGGAUUUUUAUUAUUACUUUAUUCCACGACGUUCGACCACAUAAUACAACGUCGACAACAUUUUUCUGACAAAUUCUAAUUUUGAAAAUCAAAAAAUUACAUGUCUACCUCUUUCUUGGUUUUUUUUUCUUAAAUCCUCGAUAUCAAAAUGUUUUUCAUAUUUAUGUAUGUAAAUAUUAUAUUCGAGUGAGAAACGCUUAUGGAAAUUUGUGUGCGCGUUAAAUGUGUUUAGUAAUAGCAAGUAAACCAAAAAAGAAAAAGAAAUUAAAAAACUAGUUUAUAUCGUAGUAAUAUAUUAUAAUAUUUUAUUUGUUGUUGUAAGAGAUAAGUGUAGUGUGCUCAAUGUAUAAAUAAUACAAUAAUAACAAUAUGCUCAGUCAGUCGUACGAUGUAAGUAGUUAAAUAGUUGUCAGACGGAAAAGAAUAAUUUGUCGUUUAAAAGAAUUUAACGGAUUUCUGGGGUUAUUAGUUUCUAUUUGGUUUCCGAAUAGUAAAAAAUUUUGACGUGAGAAUUUAUUUAACGGGUCCGACCGUUUGUAAUGACGAUAAAGUGAGAGAAACGUGUAUAAUAAUAUAUACAGUGUAAUAUGUAUAUAUUAUUGCCCGGUCUACGGUUACGUAAUAUUAUAACAAAAAAACAAAAAAAAGAUAUGGCCAAAAUGAAAAAGUCUUGUUUGUUUUUUUUUUAAUUUGUUAAGUAAAAAAUAUUAUAACGAAAUUCAAUAAUAAUAACAAAACAUUAUAUAUAAUAAUAAGGUAGUCAAAUUAUUUACACGUUAGUUUGUGUUUAAAGAAAUUCGGUUUUGUCAGCUUUACGACCAUGUUUGCACAUUACUCUUUGCCAUUUUUCUUAUUAUUAUUUUUAUAUAUAUAUUUUUUUUUUGUAUUCUUCAAAAUUUGACAAUUAUACUAUAUAUGCGUUUGCGUGUGUGUGUGUUUUUUUUAUAUAAUAUAAUAUUGCGUUAAUAUAAUAAUAUAUUUAAUAUAUUAGACGAUAUCGUCGUCGUCUCGGUAAGACAGACCAAACGUAGGAUGAUGUUUAGCUUUGUAUUAUAUUUUAUUAUUAUUUUUUUUUUUUUCUAUGAAAAUAGCUUAAUGUUUCGUUUCAUUUUAAUUUUGAUUAUUAUUUAUUUUUAUUUUAUCGAUAACAAAAAAAAUGUAUCGAAGUAUGUGUACUCGACUUUAUUAUAUGUAUAGUUUUUUUUUUUCUGCCGUUUUUGUUUAUACCAUAUAUAUUAUUAUUAUUAUUAUUAUUACGAUAUUAUUAUAAUGUUGUGUUUUACGAUGUAUCUUUAUUUACAUUGUCGUCGUGUGCCAUAAAGAUUGAUGAUGAC